GUUAAGGAAGAAUCAGGAACUGCAACUGAUCCCUCUGUGUCUAAAUCGUUAUUGUUUCGAAGAACUGCUUUUAGUGUAAACAAAUCGUUGCUAGAAUUCUACAUCAUUGGCAAAUCUAUCUUUCUCCUUGGCAUUAACCUAUAGAUCUGACUGUGAGCCCUAGGCUCUCUGGGAGAGAUUUAAAUCUCUCCUGAUUUCUGUACUUGAGUCUUAAUGGCGUAUCAAAGAACGAAAUUGCUUUUGUUCUUUUGCGUUCUAUCAUUUGUGCUUUCUGUUCUCGGAGGGAAAAGCUAUUAUGAUAUUCUGCAAGUCCAGAAAGGCGCCUCGGACGAGCAGAUCAAACGAGCUUAUCGGAAGCUUGCAUUAAAGUAUCAUCCUGAUAAGAAUCAGGGAAAUGAGGAGGCCAACAAGAGAUUUGCAGAGAUUAAUAAUGCGUACGAAGUGCUAUCAGAUCGUGAGAAAAGGAAUAUCUACGAUAGGCAUGGUGAAGAGGGCCUGAGGCAGCAUGCAGCAGGAGGCGGCAGGGGUGGAGGAAUGAAUAUGCAGGAUAUCUUCAGCAGCUUCUUUGGUGGAGGUCCAGUAGAAGAAGAAGAAGAGAAAAUUGUCAAAGGAGAUGAUGUAAUAGUUGAACUGGAUGCAACAUUGGAAGAUCUGUACAUGGGAGGUUCACUGAAGGUAUGGAGGGAGAAAAAUGUUUUAAAGCCAGCCCCUGGUAAGAGGCGCUGUAACUGCCGAAACGAGGUCUAUCACAAGCAAAUUGGCCCAGGAAUGUUUCAGCAGAUGACAGAGCAGGUCUGUGAGCAAUGCCCAAAUGUGAAAUAUGAAAGAGAGGGGUACUUCAUCACCGUUGAUAUUGAAAAGGGGAUGCAAGAUGGGCAAGAGGUCGUGUUUUAUGAGGAUGGUGAGCCUAUAAUAGAUGGAGAAGCUGGAGAUCUCAAGGUCCGUAUUCGUACUGCACCACAUGAAAAUUUCAGAAGGGAAGGCAAUGACCUGCACACAACUGUUACCAUAACAUUGGUACAAGCACUUGUUGGUUUUGAUAAGUCCAUCAAACACCUGGAUGAACAUCUUGUAGACAUCAGUUCAAAGGGAAUUACAAAACCCAAAGAAGUGAGAAAGUUCAAGGGUGAAGGGAUGCCAUUGCAUUUUAGUUCAAAAAAGGGGGAUUUAUAUGUUACGUUCGAGGUUUUGUUCCCUACUUCACUAAAUGAAGACCAGAAGACCAAGAUCAAAGCAAUUCUUGGUUAAUCUCAGAGUAUUUUCCUUUUUUGAGUUCCAAGAUUUUCCCCAUUGUACAAUGAUGAGGUCAACAAGAUGUGGGCAGCUGAAGGAUGUAGUCAAUGCUUUAAUCCUUAAAAUUGUACUCUCAUGAGGCAGUUUAUUACCCUCCUAUUUUUCCCCCCACAAGGGUGUAGUUCUUCAUUCCCUCCUCGGAAUAUCAAUGUAGGAUUCUAACAACAAAGUUGUAAUUGAAGCUAGUGAACUUAAUUUUUUGCUC